AUGUAUAUCAAUUUAGCAAACUGUCAAUUGAAGGACGAACUAACACGAUCAAAAUUUCAGGUCCCGCCCUCAACUCUCCUCAGAUGGCACAAAUUUGUGCUUGUGCAGCUUAAAACAACAUCACUGUGUCAAUUGGAUUCUCGGAAGAUGACAACAACUCUAUACAUUUCUCAGGCAUCUAUAAGGAAUGAUGGCAAUCUUACAAUGCAAGAAGAAAAUUAA